UAUAAAAUAAUUAAUAUAAUUGACACAUAAGGAUUAGUAUAUAAAUCUGCAACAAAAAUAAGAAUUUGUUCAAUAUUUUUUUAGAAAUAAUUAGUGAAAACUUAUAUAUUAUAUUAUUUUUAUAUAAAUUAAAACAUCAAUUCAUUUCCACACUACCUAUGAAGUAGAAUUCAUAGCGCUUUUUUCUUACGUGGUUGCCCCUAUAGGACUAGUCCAUUCUACACGACUUCGACUAUUAUUACUACUACUAAUAAAAAUAUGCUAUUACUGAUAAUAAUAAUAAUAAUAAUAAUAAUAAUAAUAUAAUAUAAUAUAAUGUAAUAUAAUAUAAUAAUAAAAUUAUACUUAAAUAUUAUUUAUAUACAUCUAGAUAUUAUUUUACAUUUUAUAUUACAAUAGUAAAGACAAUUAGCUUCGACCGAUCAUGAGUAAGAAACAAUAUGAAAACAAAUACAUUACGAUUAUAAAGUAUUAAGACAAAGAAACAUUAGCGGACGAAAACAAAAGAAACGUUUCGUAUUUUUCCUUAUAUAUCAUAUUAGAUAGGCGGUUAUUUGUCAAAAUUAUCAAGGACACGAUUUGUUGAGAAUUCGCGCUCCAAACCAUCACGUAAAAUGAUACAUUUUCCUUCUUUUGUUAUCAUAAAUUAUCAUCAUCAUAUGUGUCAUGAUAUAUACAAUAUAAGUAUAUUCUUGUUUCUUCUUAUUACUAUUUUUAUUACUAUAUUAUUACAUUACAUUUUAAUAUUAGUAGAAGUAGUAAUAAUAUGAAGUGAAGUUCUACAAAGGAAAUCAUAAAAAAUAGCACUGGGAGAAAAAUCUCGUAGAUGAUGUGGAAACAAAUUCAUCUUGAUCUUUAUUAAAAAUAAUAUAUGAUAUAUAUGUCCAUUAAUUAUUAAUUUUUGAAAAAUAAUCGAUAAUUGUAUAUACUUUAUAUGCAUUUGUCGUCGAAUAAAAUUAUACUGCUCCUGUGUCCUAUUUAGCACAUAUCACCGCAAAAUUCACAUCAGCCAUCAUUAGAGAAAAUAAAUAUAAGAAAUUGGAUAGUAAUAUCUUAUUAAAUUAUCAAAUAAGGAAACAGAGUAAAUUAAUUCAUUAUUUUCAUUUACAUUGAUACAAUAAAAAAAAAACUACCGAAAUUAUUUACCUUGAACCUACAAUUGCUGGAAUUUCGAAUCCAGAUACUUGUUAAUGAACUAUACAUUAUUUGUAGUCUUUAUCUUAUUAGUCAAUAAAAUCUAAAAGUACAAAUUUUUCAAAAAUUUAACAUUAAUUUAGAAAUUCUCUUUAGAUGCCUUGUCAUAAACGAUUGGACAUGUAUUUUCUUAUUCUUGCCAUAGAAUCAUAUGGCCAAAGUUUAUUAAAGUGAUGGAGUGAGUUACCAUAGCUUCUUCGUAUGAAUAUUGUGAAAUUCAUUUUUUUGGGUUUGAUUAAAGUGUUAACACUUUACCGACUGCUAGCGGUUCAACAGCAUAUGCACGUCUGACCGGCCGCUCAGCCGCAAAUUCUCCCUGGCUCCGGCUAUUUUUCGGUCUAGAUCAUCGCACGGGAGUAUUUGUGCGUUUCAUAUGCUCAGAUAGAAGUGUCCGCUUUCUGUUAUUAUAGGAUAAUAUUAUAGGAUAAUUAGAUUUAAUAAAAUGUUUUAUUUUCAAGAUGAUAUCGAAGAUAUCGAAGAUAUCGAAACAAAAAGCCGAUUAGUAGGCUAUCGGUCGGUAAGCAUCGGCAACAAAAAGCCGAUUAAUAGGUUAUCGGUCGGUAAAGUGUUAAAAAAAUUGAGCAUUAGCUAUUAACAUAACACCAAGCAACAAUCGCUAUUUCAUGUACAUAAAACAUACACCAUUCAAGAGUGAUAUAAAAAUCAGAAGUGAGGAUAGAGUAGGAGCUUCAUCUUUUUUGCCGCAAAUUUCGGGGGAUGCCACAAUACUAAACGUUUUCUUCGCGAAAAAUGUCGAAAACAGCGUUUGCGCCAUCAGUAUGAACACAAAGCUUAUACCUGGAUCUAUGUUUACACCAAGAAUAAAAACAUUAAUACAAUGAUGCUAUAGUAAAUACUAUAUUACUACUCUUUACUUAAAAAUUUGCCCUCGAACAAAAACAUAAAUUAUUCAUACAUUUAUUGUGAUAAUAAUAAUAAUCAUAAUGGUGAAUAAUUAUAUAUCAGAAGAAAAAAAGAAAUAUUUUGUUAGUGAUAGAGUAUUAAAUGCUAUAAACAAAAAAUUUGUGUCUUUGCCAUACUACGAAAAAAAAGCAACUAAUGAAUAUUUACACCAGGUCAUUGAUGGAAUACUUGAAAAAAUGAAAGAAAAUGCUUUUUUCAAGGAAGUAUUUAAAAAAACAUUAUUUGUUGGUAGUUACUAUAAAGGUACAAAAAUUAGUGUACCUGAAGAAUUUGAUAUAAAUAUAAUAAUUAAACUACCCAUUAAUUAUGAGUUUGUGAAAAUAGAACUAUGUGAACAUCCAGGUUUUAUUAAAAUAUAUUCUGGCUUAGAACAAGAUGAAUUAACUCGUGAUGUGAAAAUAGAUAGAGUAUUAAAGAGUUUACUUGAUCAGGAUAUGUAUAUUGAUCAAAAAAAAUUCCGUAGUUGUAUAGAAGGCAUUUUAAGUAAAACUAUACAAAAUUUACCACUGAUAGAAAAUAAAUAUCUAUUUAACAUACAAAAUACUAUAUAUAUGAUAAGAAUAAUCAAGAGUGGCCCAGCAUUUACAUUUGAAAUAGAACUUCCAAAUGGCAAAACAAUAAACGUUGAUUUAGUACCAGUGCUAGAAUUUUCAAAAAAUGUACCAUUCAUAAAUUAUAAUUUGGUAUUUAAAAAACAAAAUUGGCUUGCUGUACCAAAAUGUUUUCAGACAAAUGUUGAAAGAAGACACAGCUGUUGGAGAGCAUGUUUUUAUGAACAAGAAAAAGAGAUUCUAUCUAAAAAUGGACAAAUUAAACCAAUAAUAAGAUUGAUGAAAAAAUUAAGAGAUACCAACAAUUGGAAAAGUAUUGCUAGUUACUAUAUAGAAACAAUAGCUUUAAGACAAUUGCUGUAUAACAAAAAUUUUGGAAGUAUAUCGUAUACACUUUCGUUUAUGGAGAUGUUAACAAGCAUGCAUACAACUCUGAUUAAUAAAUACUUACCUUAUUACUGGAACGAAGAACUUAAUCUAUUGUGCAAUCUUAAUCCUGAAGAAAUAACAAAUAUUUCAAAUCGAUUGGGAAAAAUCAUUAACAAAAUUUAUACAUCUAUAGAAGAUGAUCCAUACAUCAUUGCUUCCUAUAUCUUAAAUAAAGAAGAAUACAAAAAAUUAAUUUCUGAGCUAAAUAAGGAACCUUUAGAAACAAAGGACGAUGAGAAGAAUUGGUGCAUGAUACUUUAAUGAUUAUAUUUAAUAUGAAGUUUCUCUCAUAAAACGAGUUUUUAAAAAAUUAUAAGUUUCAUCUAUAUACGCAAUAUAUAAUGUUAUAAUUAUUUUAUAUAAAAGAGCGAAAGUUAUAU